UAGCGGCAAUGACGCAAGCAACAUACUGGUUGUUGGAAUUCGCGCCAACGGGAUCGCGCAUUUCUGUCAGGAAAUUUUCGAAGAUUGCAAAUUAUGUGUUCGUAAAAUUUCGCAAUAUUAUAUAACGAACGAGAGGAACUAUUUUCACAGUCGUCGUACGGAAAUAAUUUUAAAUUAAAAGGGAAUUCCUAGAGUGACCUAGAUCUGAAAAGCCAAUAUGGCGGACGAAGCUGAUGAUGCCGUGCAUAUGAUUCCUGGACAAGGUAUUGUUAACCAGCCAGAUAUGAUCACGGAAGGGGUUGUAAACGAAAACGACGGGGAAGAGGUAAAUGAGGAUAUUCUUCAACAAGCGCUAGAGGAAGCACAGGAAGAAUAUGACCAUGCAACCGUGGUGUACUCCGAUGGAAGCAUGAUCGCUAAUUCGAACGACGUGAUUGUAAAUAGCCAUGUAGAUGGUGUUGGUGAGGUGUACGAACAAGACAAUGUCGUCUAUCAUGUAGUUGACAACACAAUGGAAGCUCAAGAUCCUUCAACCGGUCUAAGUACCACGCAAAUAAGUCCAACUAGUGAGCCAGUUGUUGUAAGCGAUGGCAAUUCUGAUAUAUCUCGCCAAGUGGUUAAUGUUGUUCAAACAACUCCAUCAAACAUUGAUCCUGCUGCACCCCUAGGUACCAGUGAUAAUCCCAUACGAAUUGUGCAGCAGGGAAAUCAGUACACUUCUUUGCAGCAAUUAAGUGCAGAACAGGUAGCCCAGAUAAUGCAAGUUUUGCAAAAUCAGCACGUUGCCAAAAAGACACAAGAAAGUAGCUCAGGCUCGAGUGUUUUGUUUAAUCCACAAACUAAUACACGGAUAGUUUACAGAGUCAUUCAACCAUCUGAAUUACACAAGAAUGGAUCUGGCUUAAUAUCAACACCUUCUCAACUGACACGCACCAUCUCUCAACAGACUCCAGGCAGUGUCACUGGAACAAAGAGACAGUAUCGCAAAAGACAUAAAGGAGAAGACGACGAUAAAACUGAUGGUCCAGAACUGAGUAAAGAGGAAAAAGAAGAGAGGAAAAAACACCGACCAAGGACAAGAUCUGGAAGGGUUUCAAAACCACCGAAGCACAUGGUGCAAGACUAUAAACAUAUUCAUCCUGUUGACUGGGAUGAAGACAUGGAUGACUCAGAUGGGGGAUAUUCAGACUUUAAAUAUAGUGAAGAAGAAGAUGGCGAAGGACGACAGAAAGACCACAAAGACUCAAAUUAUAUUCAUCCAGGUGUUGGCACUAGCAGAAGGAAGACAAAUAAAUGCGAGACUUGUGACAAAACUUACAUUGGACGUGGUGGAUUAGCCAGGCACUACAGACUAUAUCCAAGUCAUGGGCGCUUGGAAGAUGAUCCAACACAUUCAAAUUCAGAGAAAACCAACGGGCUGCUUUCAGUAUCAGAGGACAGUAACACUCAAGACUCUUUCUCCAAAAACACCACAGGCACCUCUUCUGCUGUCACCAAACCAACCAGUAAUGUUUCCAGGGCUAUGAACCGAGCGAGAAAUUCUCUACUUCAAGAAAACAAUCCACAUAAAAGAAAAGCUAAGUUGAGAGAUAUUGUCCGCCAGUGUGAAAAUGAAGAGUUGAUGGAAGUCGUCCUGCCAAAAUUAGCCAAAGUAAUCACAACGUGGGAAUUUUUAUUUAUGAAGGCUGAAUCUAGCAAGUCUGGCAAACCGGUCUUCCAAGAAAUGUUCAAAGAAUUUGAGUCUCUGUUUAAACAAAUGCAGAAGUCAUGUGAGGAAUAUCUACGUCCAUUACCAGAUGGAGAAACAAUUACAGCUGCUUCUAAGCAACUUGAGAUUACUGAUACGAAGUUGGCAGAAUCUCUAGGUUUGAAUGACAGAGUGUACCUCAUAAGAGAUGUAAUUCCAGCAAAUUCUGAUGACAGUAAUACAUUCCACUACAAACUGCUCACUGCAGAUGCUAGAAAUUUGACUUCAACAGCAACAAAUAAAAGGACACUUGAACUGGUUUCUGCAGAUCAGCUUGUGACACAACCUUCAAAGAAAAUGAAAGUGAAAGUUGAUGCACCAGCUGUAACAGUUUUACCCUCUAUGCACCCAGAGAUACUUGAAAAUCAGCAGCCAGAAGAAGCAGUUACCACACAUGUAGAAAAAGUCCAGCCUACAAAUAACGAAGCAAUUGAGCAACAGCAGGUUGUAACUCAUGAUCCUCAGUCUGCUACUAUUGAGGUGAACAGUGAAGAGCAGCAAGUAGUGGAUGAGAACGGGGAACUGAAUCACAUAUUAGAAGGACAAGAGAUUACCGGAGAAAAUGUAGAGACGCAUGUUAUAGACCCUGGAGCAAGCAUUAUCCAGACAGAGGAUGGAACGAUCUUGAUUCAGAAUCCAGAUGGCACCACUGUACAACUCCAUGCUGAUCAAGGAAUUCCACUUGAGACUGUCCAGGCUUUAUUAGCCAUGGAGAACGAUGGACAGAUACAGAUAGACCACACAAGUCAGGAGGAAUGUGUUGAUCAGCAAUAACAUUAACCUUUGCGUCCCAGUUGUAAGGAUAUUGCUGUUGUGUCAUAUUUCAGGGUUAUAUUUAUUUUACAGCAUGGCACAUGGCAGCUUGUUUGGAUUGUGCACAAUAAUACAUUUCAGUACAGAUUCUACUUUUUCUUCCUUACAAUUUAUUUCUUGCAUUUAUGUAUUCUUGUCUGUACUGAAGUACUAAUGAAAAGGGACUGAACAAAUAUACAUCUUGAAGAAGAGGUAUUGGAUCAUUUUUUAUUGUAGGAUAUUAAUGGCAUGUUGUUAUUAGCCCUAAUUUGACAAAAUGUCUGUGCUUCUUAUAUUAAUACAUAUGGCCACUGCAGUUGAACUGAACAAUCUUGUGACCAAAUUAAAAUGUAGGAUAUAACAGUGUGAGCUGUUGUACAUAUUAAAUUGGCUGCUGACCUCGAAUUUUCUAAAAAAAAAAUUAUUUUGAAACAUGUUAUUGAUGCAUGUCUUUCAUUUGUAUAUAAGAAGUGUGUGGUUUUUCAUUGAUUAUUCACUAGUAAUCUAGUUCAGCAUUUAAAAUUGUACAUAUUCUGUAUACUACAAUAAAGUAAUAAAUUUUGUAAAGUGACA